AUGAUGGACCCUUGUUUGCGAGCCGUGGUAGAAGGCAUACACUCCAGUCCCACCCAAGCCGUUGUCUAUCUCUCCGGCGGAGCCUCUCAGGCACUUGGGUGGUUAAUGUCUGUACCAGGAGCCUCAAACACAGUUUUGGAAGCUGUGGUGCCUUAUUCUAGAAUGUCCUUGAUCCAAUUGCUAGGCAAGAUUCCGGCUAAAUUCGCUAGCAGGCAAACUGCGGAGGACAUGGCAUUGUUGGCUUAUAAUAGAGCUCUAAAGCUUUCCCAACCAGGUUACCAGGCUCUUGGCAUUGGUUUCACUGGUUCUCUAGCUAGCACACGUCCAAAGCUCGGGGAUCACAGGUUUCAUGUGUCAGCUAGGACAUCUGACCGGCUUUGGGUGUCUACUGUUACAUUGUCAAAGGGCUUGCGAACCCGCGAACAAGAAGACACAGUUUCUAGUCAGUUCUUAUUGAAGGCAAUAGCAUAUGCUUGCAAGGUUCCAGCGACUUUUGUUUCGGAGUUAACAGAUCACGAAGCUCCUGAUGACUUUGAAAUGCAAUUUGAGGAAGACCAAGAGUUAGAGCAACUUAUAAAUGGUCAAAUUUGCUUCAAGGUUUAUCCCUUUUCAAGUGGUAUGUUAGAGGCGGAAAGGAAGGUUAUCCUAUCGGGUUCGUUUAAUCCCUUGCAUGAUGGUCACUUAAAACUCUUGGAAGUCGCUGUAAGCAUUCUUGGUGAUGGAUACCCUUGCUUUGAAUUGUCAGCAGUGAAUGCAGAUAAACCUCCGUUAACGACGUCGCAAAUUAAAGAACGCGUUUUGCAAUUUGAAAAAGUUGGGAAGACGGUCAUAAUUUCCAACCAACCAUACUUCUACAAGAAAGCGGAACUUUUCCCUGGUAGUGCUUUUGUAAUUGGUGCAGACACUGCAGCAAGGCUUAUAAAUCCAAAAUACUAUGGUGGGGACUAUGAAAGAAUGUUGAAAAUACUCCUUGAAUGCAAAAAUACAGGUUGCGUUUUCCUAGUUGGUGGUCGAAAUGUCGAUGGGGUUUUCAAGGUUCUUGAAGAUUUUGAUAUCCCAGAGGAGCUAAAAGAUAUGUUUAUCUCAAUACCAGUAGAGAGAUUCCGAAUGGACAUAUCAUCUUCGGAAAUCAGGAAAAGUCGAGGAAUAUAG